AGUGAGUGACCUUGAUUCCUUCGCCAACGUGUUGUAUAGUCGUUCGUUUCGUGGGGGCUAAAGCCGAGAGAACCCGACUGACGACUACCACUAGUAAUUCUCAUCGUCAGUACGAAUUCAAUCACCGUCCUCGAAACAACUUCGCAAGUUUUUUCAAACGAGUUUCGUCUUCAAAAGAUUUCUUUUUAAUUUUGUUUUUAACAUUUUUAUUUAUUUUUUUUUUUUCCUCAAUAAGUGAACAACAUCAUGAAGCUCUUUUUUAACAUUUAUAUCAUCGCUACGUGUUUCCUUGCAUUUUCUUAUGCAUUUCCUGCAUUCGACACGUCUGAGGAAAGCGACGAGAAAAAAAAUGUCGAUACGGUACUCAUUCUUCCCGGAUCCGACAUGGACAUGUUUGGUAGGCCAAAUAUUCCUGGAUUAUCCGAUUCUUCCGAUUCCGAUGAAUCAUGGUCUUUGUUUAGGCCAAGCAGCGUUAAUUUCGAUUAUCUAAGACAAUCUUUACGUGAACUGAUGAAACGACUUAGAGAUCACAUGGCGGAUAUGGCGUCAAAUUUUCCAUUAAAUUCUGAAUUUGUAACACGUUGGAAUAAAAUUCCUGAAGGAGCAAACACUACUUCUACCACUAAAAUCAUCAAUGGGCACGUCGUGACAAUCAACGAAACGGUUUACAGCAAUGGUAACGACACAGAAGGAACGAUCAUUCGUGUACGUGUCAUCGACGUUAAACCUCAAAACGAGACGACGAUUCCUCAAGAAAACGAAAAUGGAACAGUAAUUCCAACGUCUACGAUUACUCCUACGGAAAAUGAUAACGAGGCUACAACACCACAACGAAGCGUUGAAACCGUAGAAGAAUUCGAUAAUGAGAUACCUAACCAAGGAGACGUCUUGAAAGCUUAAAGGAAAAAAAGAAUAGUCAUUUUUACAAAAUCUAAAACCUCUCCAAUUUUCGUGCAUACACACACACACACAGACACAGACACACACAUGCGCGAUAAACAAACCAUCAGUAAUAAUACAAUGAAUUGUGUAUCCAUUUAAAAAAACAAUUACUAUAAUAGUGUAGCGAAAACAUCUAUAAUAUACGUGAAAAAAAAUAUAUAUAUAUAUGAAAUAAUCUAAUUAUGGCGUAUAUUAUAUGUAGAUGGUGGUGUAAGCUUAGAAAACAUAUGCAUGCGGAAUAUAAAUGUAUAUUUUAAAUAUGUGAAUGCUAUUCCGAA